AUGGCCGGCCUGCGAACGUUUGAUGCUUUCCCUAAGACUGAUGAGACUUAUAAGAAGAAGUCUACCAAAGGUGGUGUAACUUCCAUUUUAACCUAUAUCUUCUUACUAUUUAUUGCAUGGACAGAGUUUGGUAAAUUCUUUGGUGGUUACAUUGAUCAGCAAUACACUGUCGAUAAAGUAGUGCGGGAGACCGCUCAGAUUAACAUGGAUCUGUAUGUGAAUAUUAAAUGUGAAAACAUCCACAUAAAUGUGCGGGACCAGACGCAGGAUAGAAAAUUGGUCAUUCAAGACCUUAAGUUGGAAGAUAUGCCCUUUUUCAUUCCAUAUGAUUCCAAAGUUAAUGGUGUAAAUUCAAUUGUAACACCAGAUAUUGAUGAGAUUUUGGGUGAAGCCAUUCCUGCUGAAUUCAGAGAGAAAUUAGAUACCAGACAAUUUUAUGACGAGAAUGAUCCUGAAUCUGAGAAAUAUUUGCCAAAAUUUAAUGGGUGUCAUAUCUUUGGUUCUGUACCGGUUAAUAGAGUCAAAGGUGAACUUCAGAUUACAGCCAGUGGUUAUGGUUACCCAGGUAAAAGAGCACCAAAGGAGGAAAUCGAUUUUGCGCAUGCCAUAAAUGAGUUAUCAUUUGGUGAUUUUUAUCCAUAUAUAGAUAACCCUCUUGACAAAACAGCACGUUUUGAUAAAGAGCAUCCAUUGAGCGCCUACAUGUAUUAUAUUUCAGCUGUACCAACCAUGUACAAGAAAUUGGGUGUGGAAAUCGAAACUUUUCAAUACUCUGUCAAUGACUACAAAUAUUCUAUGACCGAUGCUGAUCCAGCAACUGUGAGAAAAAUACCUGGUAUAUUCUUCAGAUACGGAUUUGAGCCUUUGUCCAUUGAAAUUACUGAUGUAAGAAUUUCCUUUUUACAAUUUAUUGUUAGAUUAGUCGCAAUAUUGUCCUUCUUCAUGUUUGUUGUAUCAUGGAUCUUUACAAUUAUUGAUCUGCUAUUAGUAAACAUUUUAGGCCCUAAAUGGUCUUUAAGAUAUCAGUCAGACUCCCACAGUCAUGGUAUUCUUACUUAG